AAUGAUACCAUGUCGGCCACCGUAGACGAGGACAACAUAAUAUCUAACACUGCUUUGGGAGUGUCGAGUGGGAUUCUUUCAUUAUCUGUAGCCGACUUGAAACAUUUAUAACAAUACAUACCUACGACUUUGAUCGAAGCAUCUCCUAGCCAAGUGAGGAAGAUGAGGCUGAAGGAGGUCCAGAGGACUGCCCAUCCAGCAUGGAGUCCUGCCCCCCACCACCCUAUAUGCCUGGCUCUAGGUACAUCAGCACAGCAACUGGAUGCUUCGUUCAACACCACGGCCGCCCUGGAAAUAUUUGAGUUGGAUUUUGCGGAUCCUUCUCUUGACAUGAAGCUCAAGGGCUCUUUACCUACUUCUAACAGGCUGCAUAGUCUGGUGUGGGUCGAUUUCGGGGCGGGCGAAGACGGUUUGGGAGGGAGGCUCAUUGGAGGCAGUGAGAAUGGCACAGUGACUGUGUACAGCCCUGAAGCCAUCGUAACGCCAGGAGAGGAGGCCAUAUUGGGACAGUCCGACAAACACACCGGACCUGUCAGAGCACUGGACUUCAACCCCUUUCAGAGUAAUCUAUUGGCGUCAGGGGCGAACGAUUCGGAGAUCUACAUCUGGGAUCUAAACAGUUUCAGCAAUCCAAUGACACCCGGGACGAAGUCACAGCUGUGUGAGCCUCCUGAAGACAUCAGUGUGGUCUCUUGGAACAGGCAGGUUCAACACAUCCUGGCCUCGGCCAACCCUAGUGGGAAAGCAGUGGUCUGGGACCUGAGGAAGAACGAACCUAUCAUUAAGAUUAGUGACCAUAGCAACAGGAUGCACUGUUCGGGAAUGCUCUGGCACCCAGAGGUGGCCACACAGCUGGUCCUGGCGUCUGAAGACGACCGCCUGCCCGUCAUUCAGAUGUGGGACCUGCGCUUCGCCACGUCCCCCCUCAAGGUCCUGGAGAACCACACCCGUGGACUCCUGUCCAUUGCCUGGAGUCAGGCAGACCCGGAGCUGCUGCUCAGUAGCGCUAAAGACAACCGGAUUCUCUGUUGGAAUCCCAACACUGGAGAGGUGAUCUACGAGAUGCCGACCACCAACCAGUGGUGCUUUGAUGUACAGUGGUGCCCCAGGAACCCAGCACUCCUGUCGGCUGCCUCGUUUGAUGGACGUAUCAGCGUCUACAGCGUGAUGGGAGGAAGUCUGGAGGCUCAGCAACAGAGCAGGGCCGACAAGAUCUCGUCGUCCUUCGAUGCCAUGGAUCCGUUUGGGACCGGUCAGGUUCUGCCUCCGCUGCAGGUCCCCCAGCCCGCUCCUCAGACCACCCUCGUGGCUCCGCUGAAGAAGCCCCCAAAGUGGGUGCGCAGGCCCGUAGGAGCAUCAUUUGGCUUCGGUGGGAAGCUGAUCACCUUUGAGAGCCCCCGGCCCCCCGUCCAGAGCCCCCAGUUGGCCCCCGUCCCCAGGCAGGUGUUUGUGAGCCAGGUCACCACGGAAACCGAGUUCCUCCAACGCUCCAGAGAGCUGCAGGCUGCCAUGCAGUCCGGGUCCUUCUCGGACUACUGUCAGGCUAAGAUCCGCAAUGCCCCCACCGACUCCGAACAGGAUAUAUGGCGGUUCCUCCUGGUCAACUUCGAAGAUGAAGCCCGUGUGAAAUUCCUCAAACUGUUGGGUUUCAGCAAAGAUGAAUUGGAGAGAAAGAUCUCCACCUGCUUGGGAAAGAACCUGCAGGCUAAUGGGCACGGAGUGGAUGCUAACGACCUGGCUGAGAAGAUGCAGCUUCUGUCUGCUCAGAGAUCGGAGGAGUCUGGUGAGACGGUUGAAUCCACCAAGACCCCUAGUUCAGCCUCCCCUUCCGACAUCUUCAGCCAGGUGCCACCAGAGAAGGAGAAGGUCAGCUUCCAGAUCCCCGUGUCCGCAGAUACAGACGGUCUGAUCAGCCAGGCUCUGCUGGUGGGUAACUUCGAGGGCGCGGUGGACCUGUGUCUGAACGACGGACGCUACGCGGAAGCCAUCCUGCUGGCGAUCAGCGGAGGGGAGGAGCUCCUUCAGAGGACACAGCGGACGUACCUGGACAAGCAGAGGAGCUGUGUUUCUAUGUUGAUCUCGUCUGUGGUGACUCAGAACUGGCGCGACAUCGUGCAGAGCUGCGAGCUGGACAACUGGAAGGAAGCCCUCGCUGCCCUCCUGACCUACGCCCACCCCAGACAGUUCGCCCAUCUGUGCGACACUCUGGGUUCCCGUCUGGAGGCGGAGGGGAGCGCUAAGUGCAGUCUGCAGGCCUGUCUUUGUUACAUCUGCUCUGGGAACGUGGAGAAGCUGGUAGAAUGCUGGGCCCACCAGAGGGACUGCUCAUCUCCCCUGGUCUUAGAGGACCUGGUGGAGAAGGUGAUGGUCCUGCGGAAGUCGAUUGAGCGUCUAAGGAACGGCGAGGUGGCGGUGAACAGUCCGGUCCUGGCCGACAAGCUGACCCAAUACGCCGGACUCCUGGCCUCCCAGGGCAGCCUGGCCACUGCCAUGACCUACCUGCCAGGCACCUCAGACCAGGCUUGCAUCGUGACGUUGAGAGACCGGCUUUUCCACGCUCAGGGAGGACAAGCUGGGGGGGGGCCGCCCUCCUCCGUCCCCCUACAGCGGAGUCGGUGUGACGGGGUGUCAGCCUUCAGCUCCGUCGGCCCCCACUGUCCCGGCACAACCGCCACAGCAGAAAGCACCAGCACCGGGUCUCUACCAUCCGUCCCCGCCUCCAGUGAUGCCCGUGGUGGGCCAGCCCCAGCCUCCCGCGGCUACGCUGUUUCCUCCACAGUCUCCUGCUACUCUGGACCUCCUCUGCCACCUACCUACGGGGGAUUGCCCCCCUCCUCCCACGGUCCCCCGCCUAGUGGACCGCCCCGUACUGGGCUACGACCCGCCUACCCCCAGCGUCCCACCGCGGCCCCAGGGUUCCCUCCAUUCCAGCCACAGCUGCCACCCAUGUCUGCAGGUCUAGGGGGCCCGGGCCAGCCUGCCUUCCCCCCCAGACCCACGAUGCCGGCCUGCAGCCUGUCCGGGCCCCCGCCGCCACCCCCGUCCUCAGCGCCCGGCGGCCUCCCUGCCACGCCCAGCCCCGGGCUUCCCCCGACGGCCUUCACGCCGACAUCGCUCCACUCGGGCCCCAUGCAGCCCGGCUACCACCAGCCCGGGGCCCCCGUCGGCAUGUACCCCCCGGGGGUGUCUCACCCACACAGCCAGGGCCCGCCCGCAGGUCCUCCCCCAGGGCCGUACCCACCUCUGGGACCUGGUUACCCACAGGGGGGUCCCGGAGCCCCAGCCGCCAAGUCCUUCCCCGCUCCGCCGGUCGCUCCUCCUCCUACAGGACAGGACGGCUGGAAUGACCCACCUGCUGUACGAGGCGGUCCCAGGAAGAAAAAGGGAGUCUCCGAGAACUACACCCCACCCGCUCCCAUCACUGCCCCAGUCAUGGGCGGGUUCCCCAUGGGGGGCCCCCAUCAGUCCCAGAGCCAACAGGGUCUCGACCCAAGCCGUACCCAGCAGGUCCCCCCAGGGGCCCCUCAGGAGCCCAGCGUACAGCUCCUGCAGGCUCUGCCGGCUGAGAGGGUGGAACAGAGGGAGAUCCCGGCCGAGCACAUAGUCCUCAAACAGACCUUUGACAGCCUGGUCCAGCGCUGCCAGCUAGCUGCACAAGACCCACAAACAAAACGAAAACUUGACGACGCGUCAAAACGCCUGGGCUACCUGUACGACAAGCUACGGGAACAAACGCUGUCCAACAACAUCCUGGGUGGUUUACAUGAAAUCAGCCGGUGCGUGUCCAGCCAGAACUACCAACGUGGCCUGGAGGUCCAUACCGCCGUCGUCACCAGCAGUAACUUCAGCGAGAUCCAGGCCUUCAUGCCUAUCCUCAAAGUGGUCAUGACCAUCGCCAACAAGCUGGGCGUCUGACCUACGACCUGACACCCUGGCUACGUCCGAGCUGGCACCCGACUCCCUGCGUAGUACACUGCUUUUGACUGGAGCCGUGAGUGUUCAGUGGGGACCCUAUGGGCUCAAGUCAACAGUAGUGCCCUAUGUAGUGAAUUAGGUGCUAUUUGGGACGUCCUCCGAGACAACAACACUCCACCAGACUUCAGUGUUAUCACAUGGUUGGAUCAUAACGUGAUAUAUGAUGUAUUUAUUAGUAUUUUUUUCAAGCUGUUAAAAAGUGCUUUCAUAAAAACAAAACAAUAAUUUUUGCGGAUUUCACCUGCUCACGUGACUGUGGUUGACUGCCUGACUGGACCGACGAAGUGUUCUCUCUCUCCCUCUGAAUUGACGAGUUAUUGUGGUCAUCAACAGCAAAACGCUGAAUAUAAUUUGAAAGUUGUACGGGUGCUUUUGCUUUCCACGGAAAGAUGACUGAGGUAAAACAUUUUGGUGGUGGGGUUUAUUAUCUAGUUUGGUGUUUAUUACUGAAUGACGUUAGAGGUUUGAGAGCCCAGAGUCACUGAACAUCCAAAGUUAAAAAUAAAUAAAUCCCGCAGUAAUAAAACAUUGUAAUGAAUCCAGCUGGGGGGGAAGUGACUUUAAUGAAGUCAAACCCCCGAACAUCCAGCUGAUUUUUGAGUAAGAAAAGUGUCAAUACAAAACCCUCUUAAAAUACAACUGUGCUCAUAUCAUUAUUACUUGGCUGACUUUUCGGUGUGUUGAACUCUUUCAGCCGGGAUCAUCUCAUUUUCACACCAAAGCACUGCGACAUUGCGCUCAGAUCCCAGGGUGUUGCGCACCGCUCGCUUACAACUGCGCUACAGAAGCCGGGAGUGACCCCAUUGACCAGAGCUAUGCAACACCAUGUCAUUUGAUGCUACUUGUUAGGGUGCUGUAUUUCAGCCUUUUCAACAUGGCCACCCGGCUGUCAGCUAGCCAGGGGAAUUGAAGAAUGAGAUCUGUGCGUCUCCUCUGAUUGUUGGCUCUGUACCUCGUUCGUUGUGUGCCGGCCUUCGUUUUAUAUCAACUUUAAUAACCACACCACUGUAAACAUCUCAGGUGUUUAUAUUGAUAUUUCCUCUUCAUUAAAGAACUUGAAUGUUAUCGACUGAAAAGCGGUUCGUGUCGAAGAAAUAAGUAAAGCUCCUGAAAUGCUUUGAUCUAUUGCAAAUGGUGCAUAGGCUCUGUGUUUUGUCUGAUUUCUCCCUGUUUAAUAAUGAAUUUGUAUUUUAUGACUGGUUACACAAUAGGUUUCACUUACGCAUAGCUAUUGCAAUGGCAUCUCCCAGUUUUAAUCUCACUGAAUCUGAUCCAUUCUGUUGUUUUGUCACUUGGGGGGGGCGUGUCCUAUAGUAACACAUCUACUUCCUUUUGGUCUAGAUGUUACCAUUCAAAUCGAAUCGUUUUGUUGUUUUGAACGUAAUUAUAAUAACAGAAUUAUGAGAUGUGUAUGAUGGGGGAUGUUAAAGUCUUUUUGGUGCCUAGGUGUCUGUAUGGGUCGUAUGCCCUGGUUGGGGAGCUGCGUGCCCAAUCGAUUGUCCAGACCAUGAGGAAUACAUGCAUUCACCAUCAGCAGAAGGCCCUGAAGUGCCUCUGUCAGCAAUCAGCGUUUGUUGCAAAAUAUUGUUGCGCACACAUUUAUACAAUCCAUUGUUGCUUAUGUCGUGUCAUCAUUUGCUGUAUAUUUGUCUUUUUUCGAAUAAAAACAUUGAUUCUGCUGGA